AGUGAGAGUGGUGUAUUGUCUGCUCUUGACUCGUUUCUAUUUUUUUUAUGGGAUUCUUAAAUAGUUUGUUGAAAAGAAAGUGAACCAGUAACAUGCAGAAUGAAUUAAGAUUAUCUUUUGAUAAAAAGGAUCGAGAAAUCAGACAGUUUUUUACAAAAGAUGAUGAAAGGGAAGAUAUACAGAAGAAAACAUUCUCCAAGUGGGUGAAUGCACAAUUAGUUAAGGUUGAUAAGUGUCCAAUUGAGGAUUUGUUUUGUGACCUUCGUGAUGGUAACAAGCUUUUAAGUCUGUUAGAAGUCCUAUGCCAGAAACAAUUUGCCAGAGAAAAAGGUCGUAUGAGAGUUCACCAUCUUAAUAAUGUCAACAGAGCUUUGCAGAUUCUAGAAAGAAACAACGUGAGGUUGGUGAACAUUAGUAAUAAUGACAUUGUAGAUGGAAACCCAAAGCUGACCCUAGGAUUAGUCUGGACUAUAAUUUCCCACUGGCAGGCUAAGGAUAUAAUGAAAGGAGCAGACAUGGAGGAAGACACUGGCCCAGAGAAAACAGUUCUUGCCUGGUGCAAGAAGAAUACGGAGGGGUAUUUAAAUGUAGAUAUUACAAAUUUUACUACAAGCUGGACAGAUGGUCUGGCGUUCUGCGCACUCAUUCAUAAAUUCAGACCAGAUCAGUUAGACUACAAUGCAAUGCUAAAGAACACCCCUGAAUCUAGACUUCAACACGCAUUUGAUGCUGCACAUGAAUCCAUGAAUAUUGCAAAGUUAUUGGAUCCUGAAGAUGUCCAUGUUGAUCAUCCUGAUAAGAAAUCUAUUUGGAUGUACGUUGCAAGUUUAUAUCAAGUACUACCUCAGCAGCCCGCUCUCAUACAGCCACAGCCCACUCGUAAUGCUACCAACGGCACCGUCAAACCACCGGUAGAGCACGCCACUUCUCGUCCUCUGUCAACAGAUGUAAGUGGCAUUGACCUAAAGAAAUAUCAGAUUAUGAUGGAGAAUGUGUUGACUUGGCUUUUAGAGGCCGAAGAACAGCUCCGCUUACAGGAACCCAUGUCAGAAGAUGUUGAUCGAGCUAAAGAACAGUUUCACAUGCAUGAGGACUUCAUGAUGGAACUCACUGAUCACCAGGGAAGUGUCGGUGACGCCUUAAAAAACGGAAACCAGUUGAUAUUAAAUGGCGAAAUUUCAGACGAAGUUGAAAACGAAAUACGAGAACAAAUGAGCUUAUUGAAUAAUCGAUGGGAAAACUUAAGAGUUUCUGCAAUGGAAAGACAAUCACAGUUACACGAAGUGCUGAUGGAUCUACAACAGCAGCAAUUAGAUGGCUUGGGCGAGUGGCUUACAAAAACAGAGCGGAGUAUCACUACACAAACAAGCAUUGGUUCGAGCUUAGAGGAAAUCAAAGCACAGGUUGAUCAACAUAGGCAUUUACAGGAAGACUUAGAGCAAGAACAAGUGCGUGUAAAUUCCCUCACACAUCUCGUGGUCGUCGUGGAUGAAAAUAGUCCUGAAAAUGCAACAGCCCUUCUUGAGGAACAGUUAAACAGUCUAGGGGAACGUUGGGCUAAGGUCUGCCAGUGGACUGAGCAACGAUGGGCUGUACUUCAGGAGGUGUUACUAAACUGGCAGAAACUGGAAGAUGAGGAGAAACGAUUUGAAGAUUGGCUCAGCUCCAAGGAAGCGCUGCUUGCCGAAAUGCAACACGUUGAUUUCAAUGAUUCAAAUGCUACUAUGCAACAAGUUAAUAAAUUGAAGGUUCUUGAGGAAGAACUAGAAGAACAGCAUCGGGAGUUUGCCCGGCUCAAUCGCAGCUCUGGUGAUGUCAUCAAACACUUACCCACCAACAGUAAAGCUACAAUAAACAUACAAAAUAAGUUGGAAGAGUUCGCUCAGAAAUGGGACAAUAUUGUUCAGAAGGUGGAACACAACUCAAAACAGGUUGCCGAGCAAAGUAAACUCAAUGCCAUCACUGUUGUUGAUGGAACUGAUUCCGAAAUACGCAUCACAGAACCCUUGAUCACCAACUCCAUACACCAAACGGUUCAUAUGUCACCGGUUGAGAUCAAAUCCAUGUCCCUGAAACGAGCCCCAGAGGAAAGCGCACUGAAGAGGCAGUUUGACAGUGAGCUGGGGAGUCUAGUGACGUGGUGUGAUGAUGUGGAGAGCAUGCUUCUUGAUUCGCAGGCUCCUACAGGUCUAGAUGCAGAUCUGAAUCGACAGAUUCAGCAAUUUGAAGACUUAGAAAGAGAACUUGAUGAUAAAAAGAAACGAAUGAAACAGGCUACAGAACUUGGGAAUAAACUUGUUUUAGCCAACAAAGAAGAAGAAGAUGUGAAAGAAUCUAUAAAGGAUACACUUGAGAAUUUCAUCGAACGAUGGGAUGAUAUUUGUACACUCCACAAAGAACGAAAACUUCUACUAAACAAUGCUACCCUUCACCAAGAGUUCCUAGAUGAAUUACACCAUAUAGAAAACACCCUGAGGGAGGUAGAUGACUGGCUGGAAGAGCAAGCACCAGCUGAUAGUAAUGUACAGAAAAUAAAGUUACAAAUAGAUGAAUGUCAAAAACAACAAAAAGAAAUGAGUUCACAACUUCCAUCUUUGAACAAAAUUAACUCUAUAGCAACAAAACUCGAGUCUCAGAAUUCGAGUCUUGUGCCUGUAGUGAAAGGAGACCUGAAUAUUGUCAAAGCAAGUUGGGAAAGGUCAGAAACCAAGCUGCAGACACGUGAAAUGGAACUGCAGAAAGUUCUUGAGAGUGUGCCAUCUACGGAUUACAUCGAGGCCAUGAAGGCUCUCUUGCAUUGGCUUGAAGGUGUGGAUAAGGCUUUGAAGUCCGAAGAGUUUGUAGUAUCUGACCAGGAUACCAUGGAAGAGCAGGCACAGAAAUAUAAGGAACUUCAGUCAACCAUCAGCCAACAACAGACGAAUUAUGAUUAUGUAACCAAAAUGGGUCGUGAUUUGACGAGACGAUUUCCUGGCUCUGUGUCAGCUACUAAUGUUCAAGCUGACCUCGAUCGUCUGCAAAGUCAGUGGCGGGAAGUGUCUAGCGUGGUUGAUGAAAGGCAGGGUAACUUAGAGACUGUGCUUGGAGAGUUGAAGCUAUGGCAGGAGGAAGUUAAUGGGCUUAAGAGUUGGAUGGAGGCUGUCAACAAGUUCUUGUCUACUGAAGAUGUUGCAUUUGGAGAUGCCGGUCUCUUACAAGCCCAACUUGACCAGAACAAGGCUCUGCAUACCGACAUUGGUACACUACAGCUAAACACAAACAGUAUUAAUGAACUCGGUAAAAAAUUAGCAGCAACAGCUGAACCAGAGUUUGCAGCCAAGAUGACAUCUGACCUCAGCAAGCUAAAUGCCGAAUGGUCCAGGAUAUUGUUGCUUACAAAAGAACAGCACGAGAGUUUGGAAUCUGCGCAGGCAAACCUAUUGAAACUAAAGGAGGACAUGGAAAAGACGAGGGAAUGGAUUGCAAGAAUCAACAAAGAUUACGGCCAACAGGACGUCUCGGCAUUGGACUCUGCAGAAAUUCAGAACAAAAUUAAGAUAUUGAAGAUGGGUCAAGAUGAGUUGAGAAGCAAAAAUCCUUCUCUUUGGAGGAAUCGGCAUCUGGAUAUCAUUACUAAAGCCUCAUUAUCUGCUAAUGAUAAUCUGAAUUUAGAACUUGCAACCUUGGAAAAAAAUUGGAAAUUGGAAAUGAACAAACUAGAGUCCAAAUGCAAGAUUUUAACAGAGGCAGGCGAGAACUGGAAGAAGUUAAAGAGGUUAUUGUCGGAAGAGUCUACUUGGAUGGAUGGUUUCUCCAAGAAGCUUGACAACCCUUCAGCUAGUCUAGAUGCAGAGGAAAUAUCCGAAGAGAUUGAUGUGCUGGAAUCUUCUCUCCAAAAACAUGUUGUGGAAUAUAAAGAUCAAGUAAACAGUAUAGCAAGAGGUCUAACAGAACAGAACAUCAUGGUUGCCAACGUUGAAAGAGAAGUCCAGCAGUAUAAUGUUCGUUCAGAAGAAGUUACAAAGAGGGCAAAGCGAAGACAAUCAACGUUAGAAACAAAUGUACAGUUACUUCAGAGAUUGGAAAGGGACAUGCUCUCCCUACAGAAUUGGAUCACCACUGUUGACAAGACACUUAUGGGCAGGCUAGCCUCAAAGAUCUCUGCCACUGAUGUCCCUGAGGAAUUUGAGCAAUUGAGGUUAGAGUUUGCAUCUAGAGAGACUGAUUAUGAUGACAUCGAUAGCCGGGCUCAUGGUCUCAUAGAGCAGACGCACGAGGGCGCCUCCCAUAGGAUGCAGCAGCAGAUAGACAUGCUUAGGAAAAACCUUGAUGAGUUGCAGUUUAAGUUUCGUAAGUUCCAAAAACCAGCUGACUUCGAACCAAAAAUGCUGCAUGUUAAAGAAAUCCUAGAGCGUGUCAAUGAGGGAAUAAAGGUCCUUGACCUCAAAAAUUGUGAACCUGAGGUCAUUCAAACGCAGCUCGAUGCCUGCAUGGGCUUUUACAAGACAUUAAGCGAGGUGAAAGCCGAAGUAGAAUGGGUCAUCAAAUCCGGCCGAAACAUUGUCGAGAAGCGUCAGCUGGAGAACCCUGCCGAGUUGACAGAGAGAUUAAACGGACUGAAGCAGCUGUACAACGUUCUCGGAAAACGAGUAACAGAAGGAAAGCAGGAACUAGAGAAAGCACUGAAGCUAUCGCGCAAACUCAAGAAGGAAGUGAUUGCAUUAAGUGAAUGGAUGAAAACUGUCGGAGAUGAGUUGAAUCGAAGGGAAUCGCUGAACAAAAUUGCAGACGAUUUAAAGGAAGAACAAGAGUGGAUGGAGAAACUGGAGUUUGAGUCAAGAAAAUGUAAACCUAAAUUGAAUGAGAUGAGGGAUGUGUCGGAGAAGUUGUCAAGACUUAGCAAGUGUGAUACGAUGAUGCCUUUGCAAGAAGAUGUCAUUCAGUUAGAAAAACAGUAUGCAGACUUCCAAGAAAAGAUUCUGAUGAGGAAGAAUGCAAUAAAGGAGCACCAGGAUCGCAUCAACACGCUAAAAAGCAACGUGAGUAGCAUACGAUUGUGGUUGACAGCGGUGGAGAAGUCUUUGCGUACGUCUGACAGGCUGUCCCGAGAAGAUAAGGCCGCACCAGAAGAGAUUAAUAAGUACAAGAAACUGCAAGAUGAGGCAAAUGAACUAGUUGUACGUGUUGAAGAGACAAGAGAUGAAGCCAUGGAGCUUAUGCAAGGUGGGGGCGAAGGUCGUAGAGUAGUUGAACCAGAGCUCAUUGCGCUAAACCAAAAAUGGGAGGAAGUUUGCAGACGAGUUAAGGAUCAGAUAGCAGUACAGAAGCAGCUAGUUGCUGAGUUGGAAGCCGAGGAGAGCCUGAAAGAGGAGCAGGCUCGAGUGACUGCUGCUACGAACCUUGAGGAACCUGUUGGGAUGGAGAUCGAGGACGUCCAGGAGGCUCAAUUGGUUGUCAUGCCAAACAAUUUCUCAGAGUCACUACGUGAUGGUUACGAAGAUUUAACUGCCAAUGACAGCAUUGUUAUUGGGAACAAAAUGGUUGUUGAUGAAAAUGAAAUCGAGGAGAUGAUGUUGUCUCCUGUUGAGAAUAACAUUGAGAAUUCCAUUGAAAAUGAAGUUGAAUCAGUUGAGAUUAUUCCCAUUGAAAUGAAACUUGAAAAAUCAGCACCAUUAGAAGCGCUUGAUAAUGAGCCACAGCUUAUUAACGAAUGCAUUGAGAUGACAAAUACAAAACCAGUGGAGUGUAGCACCACAUUAGAAGACUUUUUUAAUAAGAUGGAAUCGGAGAAAGACCAGAGUGAAAAUGCUCAGAAAAGUCACCAAGACCAAAACUCACAAGGUGAAAUGAGUUACGUUACCGAGUUCAAUGAGAUUUUGGAUCAGACAUUGUUUGCUAUUAAUCUGUUUGACAAUCGUUUAGUUGAUGGUAACCUAAAACGAGAAGAUUUUGAAAAUGAUCUUGAAAACACAAUAUUGGAAACCGACGAGACGAUAGCAAGUCUUGAGCCGGACAUUCAAGACUUAAUCAACCGAGGCGAGCAAAUCAUUGAUGAGGCGAGGACAAGGGAACCAAAAAAUGCCUCGCUGAUUGCAAUUAAACUGAACAAACUACGGGGACAAUGGAUGACCGUGAAGAGGGAUGCGGAGCAAAAAAAGAAUACAAUGCAACUAGUGGUACCACAGUGGUAUCAAUAUCAAAAGGACACACAUGAUCUUGAUCGGUGGCUUGUUACUAUCGAGCUUGAGCUAGAGGCAGCCAAAAACGAUGACUCUAAAUUGGAGGAAUUACAUGAUGAGAUGGAAAAAAGACGCCGAGAUCUUGAACAGCUUAAUGCACAGGGCGACCAACUCGGUAGACAGGGAGCACAACCAGUCAUUGAGCCUGCGAUGGUAACCCUAAACAAACGAUGGCUAGAAGUGGAGUCGCAAUUUAAGCAGUACAAACGCCCAGUUAUUGAAGACGUAAUCGUUGAGGAAACGGUGAAAACCGUGCACACAGCGUUCACAUUUGAGGAGCCACAGGAAGAUAAACACGUAGAGGAAAAUGUUAAACAGUUUGAAAUGCAACUCGAAUCUAUAAAAACAAAAAUUGCUGAAAUCGAAAAGGAUAUGAAUGGGUCAUGCUUAGCAAGCACUCUACCAUUUGAGAAUAUAUCCGACAAAGAAGAAAAGUGCAAGGCUAUAAAGGAAGCUCUUGAUACACUGACUGCCAAUGUUGAGGGCGUGAGUGCAGAACAGCAUGCUGUCCUGUGUGGAACUACUGCUGAGCAAAAGAAACGAUUAGAAGCCAAUAUGGAGCGUAUGAAAGGCCAACUGAGCCAAGUUGAAAAUGACUUUAAAGACAGAGAAAGCAACUUCGAGGUAAAUAUCGUCCAGUGGCGGCAACUGCAUUCUGAUUUGCAAAGCCUUGCAAGUUGGUUGACGGAGGCUGAGGCUAUUGUGAGGGAAUGCAAAAACUCUGAUGGGGAACUAAUCAUCACCGAAACGAAAAAAAAAGAGCCUGUUCUUGAAGAUGGCAUCGCAAGACACCAGCAGACAGUCACUAGUUUGAACCAUACUGGAACACUUGUGAUUCAAGGCUUACCAGCAGUUGAUGGAAACAUGCUGCAGGAGAAGUUAGACCACUUGAAUGUAAGAUGGAGAGUGGUCUGCACUGAGGUUGCCUCCUGGAAAGAGAAAUUUGAAGAAACUACUAACAAAAUGGAUGAAUACCAAGAAGAAUUGAUGGAGAUAAUCCAGUUUACUGAAGAGUUGGAAAAACUUGCAUCCUCUCCCCCUCCACUCCCUGGAAACAUUGAUGCACUCAAGACAAAGCUACAGGUUGUUAAGGAACGCGAGGAAGCAUUGAACAGACGACAAGAACAGUGCUUGCGGUUGCAACAGAAUGGCCAGAAACUGCUUUUAUCGGGCGCUGUAGCUGAGAAACAAGCCCAGGAUAUUAAAAGUUCCUUAAACAAUUUGAAUGAUAUUUGGCAAAAGGUUACGUACGCUCUACCAAAAUACCGACUUCAAUUAGAGGAUAAAAUACAUGUUACAUCAACUUUUUCCGAGGAGCUAGAAGAGUUACUGCUUUGGGUGUGUGCUAGCAUGGAGCUCCUUAAAACACAGCAAGGGCCGGUUGGAUCCGUAACCGAAGACGGUGAAAACGAUUCAGUAAUCGUUGACGCAACGACUAUGCAGGAAGCGAUUCAUGCCCGGCAGGCCAACCUGGAUAGCGUAAAUGCAACGGCGGAGAGGAUGAAUAGGGAUGGGGACAGCCUUGGUAUUUGCAUACCACAUAAUAUUCAGCAGAAGGUAGAAAAACUAAAUGGCGAUUGGCAGAAACUUCAGCAUCUUGCAGCCCAACUUAAACCAAUCAAGUCACUGAGUAUUGAAGAAGACAUCUGGGUACAACAACAAGAAGUGCAGCAAACACCUUGUCCGCCAUCCUUUAGGGAAUCAAUCGGGCAUUCUCCAUGGCCAGAAUUUGACAAUGCUGUUGCAGAACUCCGAGACUGGCUCAGACUGCUGGAUCAUAUGCUGAGAUCGCAGACAGUAACUGUCUGCGACCUGCAAGAGAUCGAGGAAAUGAUUGGUAAACAGAAGGGGGUCUGGUCCGGUAUACUGCCCAUGUUCUACACAUUAGGUCCCAACGAUCGACAGCUUAUCGGGGCAAUGGUGGUAGACAUAAUGACUAUGCUAGCCCAACUUGAGUUUACAUUUGACCAUUGCAUGUCGCUACUACAAGAUAUUGAUGGAAAGCGCCCUCAACUUGAUCUGUUAGUCAGCAAAGCAAAGACUAUUCAACAAGAAUCCGAAAAUGAAACGAACAAAGAACAACUACAGGAGAAGAUUGAAAGACUUGUAGCUUUAUUUGACGAGGCUGCCGCGAAGGUCAGCUCACGUAAAGAUCAACUAGAGGCGAUGCUGUCAGAGUCGCAGCAGUUCCAUGAUCUAAAGCAGGAGCUGCUUAACUGGAUGUCCAAGAUGGAGGGUCAACUCGACGCCAUGGACCCCGUCAGCGAUAGCGUUGAUGUGCUAAAGAUACAACUGGAAUCCCAAAAGGUUUUCCUGGAAGAGGUAGAGCAGUGGAAAGCAUGCAUUGAUGCGGUUAACGAGUCUGGCGACAAGUUGAUAGCGGACUACAGUGUUGAUGACACGCGUCGUAUCACACAAAUCCUGAAGCACGUAAACGAACGAUGGCAUAGUACAUGCGAUAGGUCUAAGCUGAGAAUCAAUCAAAUUGAAGAGGCUCUGAGGUCCUUACAAGACUAUGAUGGACAAGCAGAUGACUUCAUGCUCUGGGUUGCUACCAUGGAAACGAGACUGGGCUCCAUGGAUACAGAAACUCUCCUAGAAGGUUCCUUAGAAGAUAAGCACGAUGUAAAAGAGCUACUGGAACAACAUAGAGAUUUACAAGCUGAGAUCGAGGCGCAUCACAAUGUCUUCUCGUCCUUGCAAGAUACAGGUUCCCGACUCUUGCAGAGCGAGGACAUCAGUACCGAUGCAGAAAUACUCCAGCAACGGCUUGAUAACAUGAACUGUCGCUGGUCCAGCUUGCAACACAAAUCAGCUGAGAUAAGAAAACGCCUUGAAAACAAUGCAGCUGAAUGGAACAUGCUUUUAAUGGACAUUCAAGAAAUGCUUGACUGGAUAUCAAAGAAAGACACAGAGUUAUCGCAGAAACAGCCAAUAGGAGGCGACUACAACACAGUCCAACAGCAGAAAGAUGAUCAUAAGGUGCUAAGGACCCAAAUUCAAGAUAAGAAACCAGCAGUGGAAAAAUGUUUACAGAAAGGCCGACUAUAUGUUGCAGAUCACGAAAACGCAUCCAUUGAAAAAGCGGAGAACGAUGAAAUCGGGACACCAGAAGAGCAAGCCCAACAAAUAAACAGUAACUUAAAAGACAAAGUAGAAUGUUUGCAAGAGAACUGGAAUCAAUUGCUGAACCGAUCAGAUAACUGGCAAAAACAAAUCGAUGAGAUUUUAAUGAAAAUGCUUGGCUUCCAUCAAGCAAUGGAUGACCUAAGUGCCCGACUCCAUGAAGCUGAAUUAGCCAAAUCACGUUGGCCUGCUGUUAGAGAAUUGAGGGCAGAAAAUAUUAGCCAUCACUUAGAUGAAGCCAAAAAAUUUCAAGAUAGAAUUGUACCUAUCCAAAAAAAUGUUGACCAUGUGACCAAGGUUUCGCAGCAGUUUCCUCCACUUGGGGUCAUGUUAAGCGUGGCUAAUUCAAGUCGAAUGGACGACCUGAUUACUCGAUGGAAACAUUUACAAAUCACGGUAGACGACAGGAUAAAACAUCUGCAAGAUGCUUACAGGGACUUAGGUCCAAGCUCGCAGCAUUUCCUGAAAGUUUCAGUUGAACCACCAUGGGAAAGAGCAACAGCUAGCAAUAAAGUUCCAUAUUUUAUCAAUCAUUCAACAGAAACAACAGAUUGGGACCAUCCAGAUAUGACAAAAUUAUUCAAGUCAAUGGGUGAUCUUAAUGAUGUACGAUUCUCAGCAUAUAGAACAGCAAUGAAAUUAAGGAGACUUCAAAAGACAUUAUGUUUGGAUCUUCUUAACCUGAACAUGGCAGACAAUAUGUUCCAACAGCAUUCUGUUGGGAAUGACAUCGACAGGUUAAUGGAUGUGACAGAAAUGAUAAACUGUUUAGCAGCAAUCUACGAGCAGUUAGCAAGCGACAAUCCCACCCUUGUCAAUCUUCAUGUUGGGGUUGAUCUGUGUCUCAACUGGUUACUCAAUGUUUUUGAUACUGCACGUAGUGGUAAAAUUAGAGUGUUGUCUUUCAAACUUGGAAUUGUAAUGUUAUGCAAAGCUCAUCUUGAGGACAAGUACAGAUAUAUGUUCCGAUCAAUAGCACACCCAGAUGGAUUCGUUGACAAGCGUCGCUUAGGUCUGUUUUUCCAUGAUUCAAUACAGAUCCCGCGGCAACUUGGAGAGGUGGCAGCCUUCGGUGGUAGCAAUAUUGAACCAAGCGUGCGGAGUUGUUUCAAUAUGGCUAACAACAAAGAUAGCAUAGAAGCAGCUCAUUUCUUAGACUGGAUGAAGAGGGAGCCCCAGUCGAUGGUGUGGGUUCCCGUACUUCAUCGUCUCGCUGCUGCUGAAACAGCCAAACACCAAUCCAAGUGCAAUAUCUGUAAAUCCUGUCCAAUCGUUGGCUUCCGAUAUCGCUGUUUAAAGUGCUUCAACUUUGACCUAUGCCAAAACUGUUUCUUUGCGGGAAGAAAAGCCAAAAACCACAAACUCUCACAUCCUAUGCGUGAAUACUGCACUCCAACUACCUCGGGCGAAGAUGUCAAGGAUUUUGCAAAAGUAAUGCGUAACAAAUUUAAAUCGAAGCACUACCAUAAGAAACAUCAGCGCCUUGGUUAUUUACCUGUAAUGACAGUACUAGAGGGAGAUGAUCUGGAAUCGCCAGCAGCCUCACCGCAGUUGAUGGCUAACCAAGAUAUGCACACAAGGCUAGAGUUGUACGCCAGCCGUUUGGCGGAGGUUGAACAGAGUUCUCCCGUACACACGCUUCCCCAUUUGGAGGAUGAACAUCAACUUAUUCAUCAAUACUGUCAAAGUCUAGGAGGGGAUGCUACGGCGAUGCCAAGAAGCCCUGCACAAAUUGUUGUUGCAAUCGAUGCAGAACAGAGAACUGAGCUUCAAACACAGAUAGCAAGUUUGGAAGAUGAAAACAGGAAUCUUCUCGUAGAAUUAGACAGAUUGAAAGAACUGCGGCAAGGAGAAAAUGUAAGUCUCCAUGGAGAUGAAUCCGAUUCAAAGUCGCCAACCCGUGACACUGAGCUAAUAGCUGAGGCAAAGUUGCUGCGGCAACACAAAGGUCGUCUCGAAGCGAGGAUGCAAAUUUUGGAGGAUCAUAAUCGACAGUUAGAAGCGCAACUACAGAGGUUAAGACAAUUACUUGAACAGUCAUUUAAUAAUUGGCAGCCACAAGAUAGGACAUACUCACAAGGUUCCUCAUCUCGCACCUCACCAGCCAUCUCACCCACAUCGUCAGUCGGAUCACUCUCAAGGUCAAAACGUUCUCUCCAGCCAGCUAUCAUCGAACCCGCUAAAAUGAAUGGAGGUCAUACACCGAGUGACAUUGACAGCGAUACUACAGGUGAGGAAUUCGGAUCAUUGUCUCCACGAUCACUACACCAUUUCAAAGAUGAUUCAAAAGAUGUCUCCCCAAAGAAACCAGUAAAACAGUCGACAAAAGCGAGGAAAGUAGACUUGGAUGAAGUUAUCCGAGAGCUCAACAAUUUUCCAGAUGAAAAGUCAAAAGUUUCAGGUUCAAGUAGUGUCGGGGAUCUGUUCCACAUGGCGGAUAAUAUUGGUAAAGCCGUUGGUACGCUGGUCACAGUGAUGACCGAUGAAGAAGCCAAUAUUACCGACAUUGACCAUCAAGAAAACUAGGGAACAAAAAGAAGAAAAUUAUCAAUUUCUCAUUGAAUAACAUUUAUGUCAAUAUUUUGACCUUUGAAAAGUUUUCUUUCAAAUGUGUCACAUUUAAAAAUCAUUACUUAAUCAGAUACCAAAGUAUUCAUUAAUUACUUAAUUAACUAUGUUUUUAUUUUAUUGUUGGAGCAAUUAUGAUUUGAAAAUGAGAAAGUCCAUUAUUUUGUUUGUAAUUAUUUAACUUAUAAAAAUAGUUUUUAGGAAAGGCAUAGCAACAGUAUUAAAAAGAAAUGUUGAUUAUAUUUUGUGCUUAAUGCAUUUUAUUGCAUUGAUGUUAUGACAAUGUAUAUAACAAAAUUGCUUCCCUCUGAUAGACAAAAGGAUCUAAAGUAUCACCAUAGAAACUUAAUAUUGAUCAACAUUCCUUAAAGUACUUUGAUAAAUAUUUGUUUAAAUAAUGCAUUGACCAAUCAGGAUUCAAACGCAACACCCUCUAUACUUUACCAACUAUAUGGCCAUGGAUUUUUUUUUUCUGAUGACCAGAACAUUAAAAGUUUGACGGCCAAUAAUCCCAACUUAAUAUAAGAUAGGUAUUUUUAAUUUUAUCCAUUUGUAACAUGUUGAUUUAUUUUCUUUCUAUAUUACUUUGCUUUGAAUAAUAUAAAAUAUUUAAGUAUUGCAUACCUGAAUUUUUAUUGGAAAAAAUGAUAGUACCAAUGUUUUGUAUUUUCCCAUAGUGAUUUUCUUGAAUUUCAAUUGCGAGAAUAAAGGUAUCAAAAAUUCUGCAUGAUUUUGUUAUUUAUGAACUUUAGCUGAAUUUGUUGGGAAUACCUGUAGCUUAUAGUUUGGGAUUUGAAAUACUAAGUGAACUACCUAACUGCAAUUAUAGGAUAGCAUCUAAAGGUAUAUAAAAUUGCUUUAAGAGACUUCAAAAUUAUUUGCUAUUAUAUUUUUUAAUUUGCAUGUUGCGUAGUAAUUAUUACUGUUAUUUAGUUUAUAAAUACAUUAUUUAUGUUAAGUUUAAUACACCUUUAUAAUUAAAUAUAUAACAAUUAAAGCAUUUAUUAAUUGAUGCAAUUGUAUUAUAUUAUCCUCAGUUGGAUAUUGCAGAAAUAUUUUUUUUAUAUGUAUAAUAUUCACAGUUAUUUACAAUUGUGCCUCAUUUUCCCUGUUGUGUAUACCGAUGCUAUUUAGCAUUUUAAUACAUUAUUUAUACAUAUACUAAGCACCCAGAUAAUGUGUUGUUUUUUUUUUUAUUUAUUUACUUUUACAAUUACACUGAUUAUCAUUAAUCAAUGUCAUACAUAUAACAUAUCUUUACUGAUUAUUUUAAAAUUUAUUGAUUAUAUACAGAUAUCUAUUGGUUUUGAAAUUGAUGUUAAUUAUCAAUAAUAGAUAUCAACUGAGUAUCAAUAAUAGAUAUCGAUAAUCAAUAAUAUGUCUAUUGAUUAUCACAUUUAUGAUAGAUUUUCUGAAGUAGGUAUCAAUUUCUUAUUGAUUUGAUAUCAAUUUUAACAAUCAAGUAGUAAAUAUCAGUUGAUUAUCAUAUAUUGUGUGUGAUAACAUAUUGAUUAUAAUAAUAUAUUUAUUAUUGGUAAUAGAUAUUGGUUAUUUGCUAUCAAUUGAUUACCAAUAAUAAACUUUUAGUAUACUAUGUAUUCUUUGUAAUAAUAAUAUACAGUUAUAUA